AUGUCAGAAAUUGGAGAAGCAAUGCGUGUUUUUCGAAAUACCAAAAGACCCCGUCUCAGAGUAAGAGCAUGUCUUCUUUAUCAAUCCACCAAACCUAACAUCCUCAGACGAAUUGAAGGCGUCGAGUCUGAGAUCCAAUAUCUCCGAAGACAACUAGAUGAAAUGCGCGAUCUACUCAAAGAGAGCCACUCCCACUCCAUCCCCGAAUCUGGAGUAACACACUCCCCAAGCCAAGAUCGGCAGCAAGUUUGUCGCGAGAGCGCUUGCGGCUCAUCACGCUCCCACCAUCAUCAUUCAGAGGUUCAUACACAAGAGGGUCUUUCAAGUGUACCUACCGAUAGCCCCGCUGGUUAUCCCAGCCACUCAAAUAACCAUCAAUAUCAAAGGCCCAUGCCGGGGUCCAUGCCAGGGUCCAUGCCAACCCUCUCUCCAAAUAAGCUUCCAGUCCAGUCGGUCUACCGGCCAUCUAAUCAGAUUAUUACUCGGCCGCCUAAGAGGAAACGCUCUGGGUUUGAGGUUCGAGAUGAACCUAUUGCCGACUUUAUUGAUAAGGGGCUUAUCACGCUUGAAUGUGCCGUGUCUUAUUUUGAUACCUUCUUUGGGGGAUGUGAUAGGUAUAUCCCGAUUUUCGACCCUCAAUACGACACUUUCGACUCCAUCCGAUCUCGAAGUAGUAUCCUCCUCAACGCAAUAUGUACCAUUGGCUGCAUGGUCGAGUCUAGAUCCGGCGGACCAAUGUCCGACCUUCUGCAUUCCGAGCUCAAAAGAUGGAUCAACGUCAUAAUCCAGAACAAAGAACUAAACUCCCUCGAAUCAAUCCAAGCAAUGCUCGUCGUUGCUUGCUAUUCCGCUGAACGCUCCUUAAUAUUAUCGUUCGCUACUCGGAUGGCGCUGGAUCUGGGACUCCAUGAGGCUUUUGAUGAAUUGACUCAGCGGCUGGCCCUUCAAAAUGAAGAUAUAGCUUAUGCUUUGCCUCAUCAGAUGUUUGAAGAGGAAAAAGCUCUUAUGUGGAAGGCGAGGACAUGGUUCGGACUCUUGGUUCUUGAACAUAUAUUCCGUGUCGAUGGAGGGAAACCGCCUGGUAUUCGGCUCAAAGGAAAUGCUCGUCGCUGUCGGGUUUUGCUUAGCCAUCCGUCAUCGACGAUUUUGGAUUUAAGGCUAUUUUCUCAAGUCGAGUUGAAUAUUCUCAGAGUGUCUAAUAUGCUUCCGAUAGCCAACGUCGGCGAUACAAUAGGAGGAAAUACAUCGCUCGAUGGACAAAGCAUAGCAGAUUACGUUCAUGACAUGAAAAUUGAGCUAGAUUUAUGGUUCGACUGCGUCGCCGCAGCCGAAGAAAAGCCAUCCCUACUAGUCGCCCUUCGAGUGCAAAAAUGCUGGGCAGAAAUGAUGCUCAACUGUAAAGCACUGCGAUCCAUGGGCGUUGAGAACGUAGCUGCCAUGUCCAUCACAGAGCGAACAAUCCUCCUCACAGCCAAAGCCAGUGCGCGCCGACAUCUGCGGCUCAUAAUCGUCAAUCCGGACUUCUACCUCGCGAAGCUGAAAUACGCAAUGGACUUCGUCUGGGCAAAGUGCGCAUUUUCAUUCCUGCUUCUGUUAAAAUUAUCUCGUCUUCUUCCUGAGCGUGACGAAGAGUACCAAGAGCUUCUGGAACACGGUAAUAGACUCGUCGACGAGCUGAGUAAAGCCGGUGCGGGUGGAACUCAGUCUGGGGCUGGGAAUAUUUAUCUCCAAAUCUUGAAGGUCAGUAUUGAGAAGUAUGGGCGUGCGUUGAUGGAAACGCAACAGCCUGGCUCGGAUGGUCCUACGGCUACGUCGCCGUUUUGGGAGUUGUUUGAUGCUCAGGCGGAUCUGCAGUGGUUUGUGCCUGAGCAGUUUGUUUCUGAGUGGGACUUCCCGGGGCUAAAUUUGUUUUAUUUUCCUACUGCUUGGCAGGAUUUCUUUGGAGAUUUCUCUUUGGCAAUGUAG